AUGGAAGACUAUCUGCGGAGGGUCCAGAGCAGACUCGGGGCAGAGGAAUCAGAGGUUCCCAAAAUCCAUGCUGUUUUAGGCGGGCCAGAAGCAGAUGUUGACACAGUGGCCUCAACGCUGAGCCUAGCACUUCACCUCGACCAGAGGGAACCAGCAGGUGGAGUGUGCGUGCCCGUCUUAUAUGUCCGUCGAUGUGACAGCAUGCUACCUGGAGAGACAGUGACGUAUCUGCGGAGGGUGAAAAUUUGUGAGAGCCUGCUGCUGUGGAGAGAGGAUGUAGAUUUGGUGAAUCUUCAUCAAAAGGGGAAACUCUCGCUCACACUGCUGAGAGAUCGACUGCUAGAUAGCUCUGAGUACCACAUUUUGGAGUCCAGCGUCCUGCGGGUCGUCCACUGGGAUGCAGUGGGGGAGGGGGAGGAAGGGCCAUCGUCCGCAGUGACGACGGUCGCCAGGGAGAUUCUUCAAGAGGCAGCAGAGCACAUCGGAGCGGCGCUGGGGGAGACUCUCGGAGAGGCCUUGCGGCUACAAAGUGAAGCUCUGUGGAUCAAACAUGGCCGCCGUUCAGUACAGCUGGAGGAGCUCAUUAGCUCACUGGAUCAAUGGAGUGAUGUCACUGCAGAUGAACGCCAUGAUGAGGCCAAGCUGCAAGAAUUAGAGCAGCUGCUGGCAAAGGAGCUGAAAGAGUUUUCAGAUGGAGAGAUGACAAUAGCGUUCACGACACUGACUUCAGAUGUGGAGGAUUGGGAUGGUUGUGUUGAGGAGCUGAAGACAUUCUGUCAUCACCAUGGUUACGAUGGCCUGGUGGUGGUCUUCGCUGUCAGUGAGACAGUUCAACAGCCAGGCCAGCAGGUGGUCGUCUACUCGAGUAACACAGAUAUCUUGAACCAGAUCUGCUGUGAGUUUGAAGAGUCUUCUAGCUGGGCCUUUUCUGGUGAGCUGGCCAGAGAGGGUGCCUCGGGCUUUCUCCAGCACUACCACCUCCCUACAAACACCUCCUCUUUGUCUGAUACUACUCUGCUGGAGCAAGAGAUCCAGGGCCUCCUCAAGGAGUUUGUUGAAAGACGCAGGUCUGUGCUGGCCUGUCACCCCAGCAGCAGGACCUCCUCCACAGAGGGAGUGGCAGGCAGCGUUGAGUUCUCCCAGGGAUCAUCUGGAAUCAACGACAUGUAUGGCUCUGACAUAGAGAGAGCUGAGGGAGGUGGUGGAGAUGUUGCAAGGGUGAUGGCAGAUGCCGAAGAGGUAGGAGUUGGUGCUGGUGGGGAGCUGGUGAGCCCAGACAGUGGUAUGGCCACCAUCCGCAGUAGCCGCUCCUCCAAGGAGAGCUCAGUGUUCCUUAGCGAUGAUAGCCCAAUUGGUGAGAUUAUAGCAGCAGGGGGCGCAGCAGCAGGGCCAGGGGGCCUGUUCCUCAGAAACCCCUCUCCCCUGGGGUUUUCUUCUCUCUCUCCUCCUGUACCACCUGAGAGAAGAAGGCACCGCUCUGGCAGAAAUAGAAGUGACAACUUUGACCUGUUUAGUUUUGACCCUCUUCAUUGUAGUAACCACUCUCUGCCAGCAGGAGGGACAGUAACAUAUGGUGCAGGAAGAGGAGAUGAUGGACGAAGAAGACCAGAGAGCUCCAGCCUAUCAGAAUUUGAGGAGCUGAGUCUGGUGGAUUUUUCAGCUGUUAAGUCUUUGGUUGGGGUUGAAGGUGAGAAUUCAUCAGAUGACCACCAACAGCAUUGUGGUGUCAUCCAUGGGAGUGAGAUAAUUGACACUGUGGUUCCUCCAACCCCAGUAAACAGCUUGGUGGGUAGUUGCCCACCCAGCAGUUGUGAAGUGAGGUUCUUCCCAGAAGAUGUAGUUGAAAGGAUCUCCGGCCUACAACACAAAGAAAGUGUCUCAUCUUCCUUAUCCGAAGCCUGGGAUGAACUUGGCUUUGACAUGCGAGAGGGUGUGUCCAUAUCUGAUGCUAAGCCUUGGAAACUGACUGAGGAAGAUGGAACUGAGAGCGUACAGAACAUUGUGGAGGAAGUUAGAGGCAAGGGGCUGAGUGGAGAAGUGAGAGAUGAAGAGCGAGGGGGAGAGAAUUUAAAGUCAAUGAGCAACCACCAGAGGGAUGUGAGCCUGAAACCCCAACUUAGCCUGAUCACUGAGCACAUAGAAUCCUUUGACAACUGGGAUCACAUUUCUGAAUUUACAGAACCGUGGAAUCCUACUACUAUGGCUAGUCUGCAACUUACACCACCAGAGGAGGAAGUAAAUGUAAAAAACAGACAUUUUGUCAUUGGAGUUAAAGACAAAACAUCCUCAGUGUCAAGAAAGAAAGAGCUCUUGAGCACACUAACACCAGACACAUCUAAAGAAGAGGAUGAUGGGCUACAGGGGAGAAAAGGAGAUCGACAGAUGGAGCUCCUAGACUUCUGGACUUACUCGGCUCAGAAAGGAUUUAUCAAAUCUGAUAGCGGAACCACCACUUCAUACCCCGAGUCUCUAGAUAUGUGGAAUAUGACAAUCCAGGAUGAUAGCUUAUCACCUCUCACCACCCCCGACAACUUAUCAGAACGCUCAGAUUCUUUCUGUGGGCGGAUCUCUAAAGCUGGAGGUGGGGCUUCUUUGGAAAGUCCACUCGGAUUCUCUGAUGGUGGGAUGCAGAUGUGGAACACCACCAUACAGGAAGAUAGCUCUUCCACAGUAACAAGCCCUGAAGGACCAGAAACAGGAAGGGACCUUGGCAACAUGGAAUCAUGGGAUGUCUCCACUGAGGCUCCUGAGCCACAUGGAAACAAACAAAUGGAAGAAGAAAUAGUGGUAGAGGAGGAGAGAUCCACAAAUAAAGCACUUAGUCUGAUACCAGAAGAGGUGGGGUGGAGAGGGGGAGGUAUUGAACAUGAUGUGAAAAUAGUUAUAGAGGGAGAGGGAGGUACAAUAUGGACUGAGGAAACAGGGGAUGAUGACACCAAGGAUGUUCCAAUCCAACAGGCUGUCAAGCAGAAUAUGGCAUCAGAAAAUUCACAAGAUCAGAUGUCCCCCAACCAGGGCCUUGGCAACUGGUCCAUCCCUACUCCUUGCAUGGUCACCUCCACCUCAGAGUAUGACAAUGUAGGAGCAGGGGGUUGGAGCUUGCCAUCUUCCCCUGAAACCUAUACUGGCCCUACAGUGGAUAUAAUACAGCUAGAUGGACAGUCUAGCCCUUUUAUAGCUGUGGCCAACCCUUUGGAGACAAAUGAUCAAUUCCAGGGGCCUGAUUCUCACAGAAACAAUAAAUGUGGAGCAAUGGCUGCAGAUAAUCAGCAGCCAGCCAGCCAAGUAUUCCUGUUUGAGGGAACUAGAGAGCUGGGUCAUGUGACCAGGAGUGGGGGAAGUUCCAUUGAGAGUGAGUAUGACAACAAAGUUGUGGAGGGAUCACAGGAGGCUUUACCUGAUUGGACAGAGCAAGCUAGUGGCCAUUCCCCAUUUAUUUUAGUGGAUGGCUCCUCCCUCAGUCAGUCUGCUUCACCUACCACUAUUCACCCCCAAACUGAUCAAUCAUUGUCUCCAAGCCUUGUGAAGACAAGCAAUCUCCCAAUAUCUCCUCAGAAACAUGACUGCUCACAAAUUGCAUAUAACAGUGCUUCAUCACCAUCUGACUGGACAAUUAAAACUGCCUACACUGAAGAUGGAGCUGCCAUUGAAAGCCAGGGGGAACCUCAAAUUCAAGGCAAUGGAAAUUUGGAGGGGACUAUUCCUGACACCAUGUCUCUGAGCUCCAGCUCUGGAGGUGAGAGGGAUGUACUGAAAUAUAGCCCUGACAGCCUUCACCCAGGCAGUCGAGAUGACCUCAGGUCCAAUUCUGAUGGAGAUUCUUCAUCAGGCCUAGAAAUGGAGUUCAUCAUUUUGCCUGGCACUGUAAAAGAGGCAGAGAGAGAAAGGAAGAACACAUUCAAGCCUAGAGAAAAUGAUAGUGGGAGGCAAGCAAGAGGAACAGAGCGGUCCAUGGAGACAUACAGCAUGCUUUCAUAUGCUGCCACACUAUUGCAGACCCAAGCCCAAGCCUCACAUAGAAAGCACCAGGAGAUUACAGAACACAGCAGACAAAACCAAUCAAUUAGGGAAACUGAGAGUUCACUGAGUGCAGAUGCACAAGAGAAUCAAGCUCUGUUUGUUCAAACUACAUUAGAGAGCCCUAGCCAAUCUGAUAUUGGUAUGAGACAUUCAAGCCAAAGUACUAACGACAAACACAACCAACAUCAACCUACUGGAGAUGUGCGCAGUUCUUCUCAACCUUUUAUAGGCAGCUUGCAUUGCCAAACAAGUAUUGAUAAUUCCAGUCAACAUCAUGCAGUACCAGAGAUUUUCACUCCCAAUCAAUCAAAAACAAACACUGAAAGUUUCCUGCAGCCAUUAAGACCAACAAGUGGCAACCAAAGUCGGAUAGAUGAGGGAAACUACGAUCAAUCAAACAACAUGGCGAGAAGUGUCUCUUCCUCUUUGAGAUAUCCAUCAGAUCAUUUUCUGAAAACAAGAGAGGAGGUUUAUGUUCAUUCGCAAAUCUCAAUGGAAGAUUCAGAUGAAGGAGGACAGUCUCCAUCUGCUCCUCCACCUUGUCAUCCUUCUUUGGAUGGCCUCCAAGUUUGGGGUGGUCAACUAGUUGGACAGGACAUCCCUCAAGCCACCUCUGAACCACAAUCCCCUGUACUUACAAACAGUUCCUUCUCCCACAACAGCUCUUUGAUUGGCACUCCAGGAAGUGAAUCAGGUCACACAACUGAGAGAAGACUUGGAUUACCAUUUUCUGGAGAUUUAAUGGACAAUGAGGAUGAUGAGGAAGAGCAUGAGGAAGAAACUGGUUUGGAGCAACCUGCCGUACCCAAUUGGACUUCAGGAGCAGAAGUAGAUCACAUUCAACGACCACACUCAGGAGAAUCUAAAAGGAUCCUUGGUUACGAUGAAUGGUCAGCUGAGCAGAAAACUGGAAGCCAUGAAGCAUCUCAAGAAAGCCAGUCAUCCUGUCUAGGCUGGAGCCCCACUACAGCUAAUGGAAACAGCUCCCCUAGCUCUCUCACAAGAUGCCAAGGUGUGACAUCACAAGCCUCAUCCCAGCCAACCAGUGAGAAUGGUCUGUACCAGUGGACAGCAAGUCAGGACAUAACUGAGGCUCAAACCCAGUGUGGUUACAACUACCACCACAUUGACCAAAGAACUGAAAACCAAAGUGACCACCAAAGCUGCACAGACACCAAAGGCAGCAGCCAGCAGAUGACAGAUGUCUACGCUGAAUUCAGAACUGAAUCCACAAGUACCAGAUAUGGAUCUGAGCAGACUGGGAGUGGUGACAAAACUGGAGCUAAUGCAGAGUAUCCAGAACAAUAUAAGAUCAGUGUUCAGUGUGAGGCUGAAGACUUAAGGGAUUAUGAAGCAGAGGAAAGAUUUCAAUACAUCACCAAAGGCGCAUAUGGAGAUCACCCCAAAAAUGCUUUUGAACUCCAUCACCCUCAGUACAGAGCUGCAGGUGAUUGUCAGUAUGAGACAGAGUGUGCGCACUGCCAGUAUGACGAGCCGUCAUUCUUCCAACCAGAUAUUCACCAUGAGAGUGAGGAUCAUGCCCAGUAUGUGCCAGAGGGAUACUUCCACUUCCUCCUCUCAAGGCCGUCUCAACACGGAGACAGUGCAGCUGACACGAUGAUGAUGACGAAGAUGGGCUCCAACCAGGAAGGUGCGGACGAGAUGGAUAACAGAGAAGAUCCCCCCUCCUCUCUGGAUUUGUCAGGAGGGUCUAGCCAAAGGAGGAAGCUGGCAGCUCCACCCAUGAACGUGAUACUGGACCGUAGCGAGGGGUCCCUCCUCUCAGACGAUGCCCUGGAUACAGGGGACGAGGCCUUUGAUACAGGGGAUGACCUGGAUAUCAACAUAGAUGAGAUGGACACGCCUGACGAGGCCGACUCAUUGGAGUUCAACAGAAGCGGAGACUCCAACCAGGAUGCGGGAGCGGAGAUGAAUGACACUAUCCCAGAAUACAGUGCGGCUGAGGAGCGCAGGGACAGCAGGCUGUGGAGGAGCGUGGUGAUUGGAGAGCAGGAGCAUCGCAUUGACAUGAAGUGCAUUGAGCCGUACCAAAGAGUCAUCUCUCAUGGAGGUUAUUAUGGUGGGCAGAACGCCAUCAUCGUGUUUGCAGCCUGUUUCCUACCAGACAGCGACUGCGACAAUUACCAUUAUGUGAUGGAAAAUCUUUUCCUGUAUGUAAUAAGUACUCUAGAGUUGAUGGUGGCAGAAGAUUAUAUGAUUGUGUAUUUAAACGGCGCCACACCACGCAGGAGGAUGCCUGGUUUUGGCUGGAUGAAAAAAUGUUACCAAAUGAUAGACAGGAGGCUGAAGAAAAACCUCAAGUCGUUCAUCAUCGUCCAUCCCUCCUGGUUCAUACGGACAGUGCUGGGAAUCACCAGACCCUUCAUAAGCUCCAAGUUCAGCAGUAAAAUCAAGUAUGUGAACAGUCUAGCAGAGCUGCGAGGAAUCAUCCCAAUGGAGUAUGUCCACAUUCCACCCAGUAUUAUCAAGCUGGAUAAAGAACUGCAGGAGGAGACAACUGCCAAUGCUGACAAGAGGGGAAACUCAGCUGUGUGACCGCCGUCAGACGCCUGGCUGCUGCCUGUCUCUCCCCGACUGCGUGCUGUACUCUACAGCAGCAUGAGGGUGUAUGGCACACUCACAUCGCUGUGAUACUAACAACAGGUUUGAAAGAAAAAAAGCUGCAGUGCAAGGCAUCGGGCACUUUGUAAUGUGCUGAUAUGCUCACUGAAGAAAGUACAAAUCUGAGUGUAUUGUGCAAACAGUACAGUGCAGAAAAGGACACUGCUGAAGUGAAGAGACUUUCUUCUGUGUUGCUAUACUGAACCCUUUAGGACAACAGUAUUCAACAGUGUACUCCUCUCAGUAGCUUUUGAUCUCUGUGACUUCCUCUUUACUUUAAAUCAGGACAGAAAUAGUUUAAUUCUUAUUUCUGAUAAUCAGGCGUGCAUGUUAGACUUUAUGGAACGGUUCACACAGCGUUGUGACAUGUCCUCAAGCUAACGAUGACAGUGUUAUUGUCCAUACUUUGGUGUCAGCGUUAUGUGCUGUCCUGUAGCCAUCUACACACUUUGAGCUAUGUGAACCUCCUGGCAUUACUAAUCUGUGGGUCCGGUGGCAUUUGUGUAUUAAUCUGUCCUGUCAGUUGCCAACCAUGCAUUGUGUUAACUACAUAUGACAAUAAUAGGAUGAAAACUCAUCACACCGUCUUCUCAUUUUCAAAUACUGCAAGGGCAAACGACCAACUGGGAAACGACAGGACCAAAACCAUAACCUCCUCCCAUCUCAUCACAGCUAUACUAAAACCUAAUUUAAUGUUCUUGUUGAAUAACUGGUGUAUUAGCUCUGCUGAAAUAUUUGACUCUCUACAGAUUGUAAUAUUAAGAGCCAUAAAGACUGGCAGCAGUGCUAAUUUGGUCCCUUAACCAUGCUGUAGCCUAAAGGUAAAACAUAUUAGGAAGGGCAUGUAUCGUCCAUUACCUGCAGUCAUGAUGUAGCAGAUUCCUAGUUUAGCAUUCUUUUAGAGGCAAGCUACAUUUAAGAGCAUGAAUGGUGAAAAGGCUU